AUGGUCACACUGGCGCGUUGUGUUUCUUGUAAAAGUUUUGUCCAUCGCAAUAGCUGCUGCUUAUUUCUGCAUUUUUAAGAAACUACAAUGGCAGAUGACACAAAUGAGGACAGCUGGCUGUAUGGCACCUCGAAUCCUGACUCGACGACCGGCGAGCUGGGCAACGGCGGGGAUUCUCUCACGGCGGAGCACGAGUCGGCGGCGGCGGCGGCUGAGGCUCAGGCAUUGGCCGAAUUGGUGGCCGGCGAAAAGCCGGGCGCUUCGGCCGGAACUAAUUCCGCUGAAGACUCGCCGCGCUGUCCAAAGGAAGAGGUGCCCGAGUACUCGGAGUUCGACGAUCCCGCGCAGGAAAUGGAGGAGGACGAGGAUGCACUGCCCAACACGGACAGCAGGAGCAGGAGGGAGCGCGACCGAGAACGGGAUCGUGGUCGGUGCGCGGACAGGGUCGACGCCCGAUCAUCGCCAGACCCAGAGGACGACGAGAUGAGCGAUGGUCCUGCCGCGAGGAGAGAAAGGAACGGCUCAGGAUCCGAUGAUGAUGAAGACGACGACUCGGACGACGAUAUCAACGUGGUUAUUGGAGACAUUAAACAGGCCCCCAGCACCUACAACAUCAAGCAGCGACCCAACCUGCUGGCUGGAGGCACUGGUGCUGCCGGAGACAAGGCCAAGCCGGCUGGUCAGGCGGGGAAGUUUAGCAUCGAGGACUUUGAAGGUGCGGGUACCAUCAACGGAGUGGCCGUGCACGAGUUCAGUAUCGAUUCGCUGGAGGAGAAGCCGUGGCGGAAGCCGGGAGCGGAUAUUACCGACUACUUCAACUACGGCUUUAACGAAGAGACGUGGCGCGCCUAUUGCGAGCGCCAGAAACGCUUUCGGGUGGCGGAGAGCGGUGUCGGACUGGCCAGCCUCACUCAGAAUGUGAAUCAGAAUGCCCCCAUUGGAAUCCUCACAGAUGGCGGCAUGGGCAUGGGCCCUCCAGGAAUGCACAGUAUCCAGUCGAUGGUGGGAAUGGGCGGUGAAAGCGGCAUGCAAAUGCCCCCGCCGGGAAUGCCGCCGCCUAUGAUGCAACACCAGUCGCGAUCGGGGAUGGGAUUGAUGCAGCGCCCGCCAAGACCCAUCUCAACCACAGGCGGCGAUAGGGGAGGUGACAGGGAGAGAGCCGUUAAGGAGAACGCCAUUCAGGUGAUGACCGCCGAGUGCCGGGAGUAUUCUCGGGGUGGAUUGGGACCCAUGGCGCCAAACUUUCCGCUACCCGGCGCCUCUGAGGAACCCUUCUUUCACGAGCCAGAACCCUUUGACUACGGCUAUGAGCCCACCCAGGAGUCGCAGUGGAAUAAUGACAAUGCCGGAUGGGUACCCAGCGGGAUUAAAGAGCUAACUCCAGGUCAUGCUCAUAUGCAACAGCCUCCACCUGGCAUGCCGCCUCCUGGGAUGAAUGUGCCUCCGCCGCAGAUGGGCGGUCCACCACCCAAUUUGCGCGGCAUUAUGCCACCCAAUAUGCGCAUGCCGCCAAAUAUGAACAUGGGACCGCCACCAGGAAUGAUGAUGGGAGGAAAUGCCCCGCCACAGAUGCGAAUGGGUAUGGCACCGCCACAGAGAUUGGCGAUGGGCGAUCGUGGCGCCUACGACGACGAUCGUGAGCGCAGGAGGCGCGAGAAGGAAAAACUGUUAAAGAAGGAUCAGCUAAGAAAGGACUUCCUUGACAUGCUGCGGGAGCGACAUGACAUCGAGAGGCACACCAGGUGGUACGAUAUUAAGAAAAAGUUUGAGGCGGAUCCAAGGUACCGAGCCCUGGACUCGUCCUAUCGUGAGGAGUACUUCGAAGACUAUUUGCACCUGCUGAAGGAAGAAAAGCGCAAGGAACGUGACCUAAAGGAACGUGAACGACAUCGCGACAAAGAGCGGUCUCGUGACAAGGACAAGGAUAAAGAUAAAGAGAAGGACAAAGAUAAAGAUAAGGAGAAGGACAAAGAUAAGGAUAAGGAUAAGGACAAGGACAAAGACAAGGAGAAGGAAAAGGAUAAAGAGAGCUCGCGUCGGGAACGCUCUCGAUCUCGUGAAAAGUCCAGCCGUCGCAAGUCCAAGUCCAGGGAGAAAGAUCGAAGCGAACGAAGCAGCAAGAGUAGCAGCAGCAAUACCGGAGGAUCCUCCAGUCGUAGCGAAAAGAAAAAAUCGCAUCGCAAGGACAAAGAAGAGGACGACUAGCAUUUGUUUAGGUACUUUAUGAAAGUGAAGCAAGAAGAAACCCACUAAGUUGUAGAACAUAUUAAUAAAAAACAAAAAAAUCAAA